CUCGUUUUGCGACUUUGUCGAUCGUCACUGAAUCUUCUCACAAAUAAAUCCCUGAGACUUCUUGAGGCUCGACCUCUCAAUACACCACCCAGAAACCCCUCUACUAAGAUACGACACACGCCAUCCAUCCAUCCAUACAACAUGUCAGAACCAAUCCCCGAAUCCAUACCCACAUCAGCCGACCGACGAUCCCAUCGUCCCAUCAAACGCGCACGAGGGGCCAACACCGCACUGGUCAACCAGGCCAACGAAAUCGAAACUCUCUUCCUCGACCCUUCCAAACCCGUCAGUCUCCCUUCCGCUUCCUCCGCCAACGGCAAUGCCAGAACACUUGCCGCCCCACCUGAAAUCGUCGCCAACGUUCAAGGUUCAUCCGCCGGUGCGGGCAGUGGAGAAUUCCACGUCUACAAAGCAAGUCGACGGAGGGAAUAUGAAAGAUUGAGGCUGAUGGAGGAGGAGGCGAAGAAAGAAGAGGAUGAUGAAAAGUGGGAGAGAGAGGAGAGGGAAAGGAAAGAGAGGGAUGAAGAAAGGACGAGGAAGAAUAGAGAGAAGAGGAUGAAGAAGAAAGGAAAAGGGAAGGGGAAUGCGAAAGAUUCUGCGUCUGGUCCUGGUGUUAGUGUGGGUGCAGGGGAUGCGACUGAGAAUAAUGGCGCAGUUGAUGGGAACAGGAAGAAGGGUGGCUUGCAGAUACCGAAGAGAGCUGAUGGGGAUGAUGACCAGACAAGUGAUUUUGGCGUGGCUGAAAUUGCAAAGGAGACUGGAAUUACGAUUCAUGAUGACGAUUGAAGCACGCACAGCACAGCACAGCACAGAACAUUUAUCAUUGAUGAGAAUUCACCAUGUCCGUCCAUUGUCUUUGGACUGGAAUGGUGGUAGGGUAUCUUUCCUCCACGCACAUAUACACAACCCAACCACCUCCGGCCGAGUCUGAACAACAAACAUCCUCAUACUCAAUUGUCACCUCUUCCAAUAGCUCGAUCAAUCCCACUGAACCAUCGGAUCAAGUUCUGCACCAUCCCCGGCAAUAUCGGAUAAAGAGGCAUGACUUUGGCAUAAAACGGCAUUCGAAUGACCCCACCAUCACCUCUCUCAAUGGCUUUGACAAUAUCCUUGGCCACCUUGCUCGCUUCCAGCACAGGACCAAAGAAUUCGGCGUAGAAGGGCAGACUGGUCUUUUCCGCAAACAGACCAGUGUCCAAUUGCCCAGUCUCGACCAGCAGGGUCUUGACCUUGUGAAAAACCGACGGUUCUGGAUGAGAGCUGAGUUCGUGACGCAAUGUAUGGUGAAGAGAGGAGAUGGCGGUCUUGGAAGCAGAGUAGUCGGCCAACGAGGCUGGCGAUAGGUGUGAGAGGAUUGAGGAGAUGGUGACAACAUGUGCACCGACAGGUGAUGCGACCAGAUGUGGAAGAAGAGCAGAUAGAGUAUUGAACUGGGAGAGAGCAUUGGUCUUGAGCGUCUUGCUGGCUUGCUCGGGGGUUAGAACCAUGGGUUGACCUGGAGUGGCCAGAAUUCGACGACCAGUGAUUGCUGUAGCGGCGUUGUUGAUCAAGAUCGUGGGAGAUCCGAGCUAGAUACUCUGGUUAGCUGUCUGGGGAAAAAAGAAGAGAGAAG